ACAUUAAAUAUCAACUCUUGUUUUCUAGUCAUCAGUCCGGUUUGUCCACUCAAAAGCGAAAGUGUUUUAGUUUCUUCGCCAUGGCAUCGAAUGCACUUGUUCUCCUUUGGUGGCUGCUUCCUUUGACGACCCUCGCUCAAUCUUCAGAAGAAAAAUUGAGCAUCACAUGCCUGGCAUCAGAAGAUUGUGUUCUCCCGUGUCGAUUCUCCUCUGAUGGCCGUGGUGCUCGCGUCAUGUGGUAUAAGAAAAAGGCGGUUGUGAGCUGCACACGUUACGGCAACACCAGUUGGGUGGUCGGCCACAACUCGCCGGCCGACAUGUACAAAGGCAGGACGGACCUGUACGCAGACCAGGUCUUGGAGGGCAACGCCACGCUGGUGCUAAAGAACGUCACACCGCGAGACGAAGGCAAAUACGUCUGCAUCACCUUCACGGAGCCGCAGUCCAACAGAUCUGGCAUUAUCAACGUGACGGUGAAAGCUCCCGUCAGGAAGGUCCACAUGGAGUUCCGUGACGAAGCGGUCUACUGUCGAGCAGUAGGCAUAUACCCGCCGCCCACGCUGACCUGGUCUGUCGAGUCGCCCAGUGAAGCCAAACUCUUCUACAACAAAACCAAGAUGGAGGAAGCCCGUCUGGGCUUCUUCGACAUCGAGAGCGCCGUGCAGAUGAAGGCGGCCGACACCAGCAACAUGAACAUGACUUUCAUUUGUGAGGUCUCCAGCGAGGAAUCGUCUAAAAGAGCACACCUGAAGGUGGAAGGCGUCAUCAAAACACCCGCUGGCGACAACGUCAAAGUGCCCUGCUCUCUACCUCUCAAAGAACUGGACAACUUCGGUCUCACCUGGAGGGUCCGACGCUCUGCACCCAUCCCCGAAGGCCCGGGGAGCCACCUAUUGCUGUCGGACACCUGGCAGAUCCAGAAGAUGGACACACCUUCGGUAUGGCGCCAUCUGAUGCUGCCCAGCGUGGAAUCAGUGCAUCAGGGCACGUACACCUGCGAGGUGCGAACACCUGAUGUAACGUACCUCACUCAGACGGACGUCAUUGUGAUCUCAGAUGAUCGUCCACCGUGGUGGUUUUACAUCGGAGUGCUGGUCUUCCUCCUGAGUCUGUCCUACGCCAUCGCAGGAUGUCUGUCUGUUAAGAGGCGGGGCUCACCCAACAAAAAGGAAAAAGAUGAGGACACCACAAUCCAGACAGAUGUCAAAUAAAUUCCAACACAUCUUCCAUCCAUCCAUUUUCCACCGCUUAUUCCCUUUGGGGUCGCUGGUGCCUAUCUCAGCUACAAUCGGCCAGAAGGCGGCGAACACCCUGGACAAGUCGCCACCUCAUCACAGGGCCAACACAGAUAGACAGACAACAUUCACACUCACAUUCACACACUAGGGACCAUUUAGUGUUGCCAAUCAACCUAUCCCCAGGUGCAUGUCUUUGGAAGUGGGAGGAAACCGGAGUACCCAGAGGGAACCCACACAUUCACGGGGAGAACAUGCAAACUCCACACAGAAAGAUCCCGAGCCCGGGAUUGAACCCUGACUACUCAGGACCUUCGUAUUGUGAGGCAGACGCACUAACCCUUCUGCCGCCCUGAAGCACCAACACAUCUUAACUCAUGUUAUUGUUGCUAAUGCUAAAACUUCUCUUCGCAGCUGUAAAUACAACUUUGUCAUGCAUUUAUACAACGCAUUUCAUGUUUUAACUCAAUCUAUGUACAGUUGUAAGUGUACAUCAGGGGUCUCAAAGUCAAUUUACCUGGGGGCCACUGGAUGCAGAGUCUGGGUGAGAAUGGGCCGCUAGAAAAGAUUUCUUAAAAAAAAAAGUUACAUACUCCCCAGCAUGUCUAGUUGUAUAAUGACGUUUCAAAUUGUAUUCCUUGUGCACUGCAACUUUCUCUGUGCAAAAAAGACACGUCGGGGUGCCGCUGUGCUCAACCAAGAAAUAUUGCAUCUCCCACUUUUCCUGGAAUUGUCUUUGCUCAUCACUAACCCAUCUCACUGCAGGCUUUGAAAAAGACAUGUUUGGGGUUGUAGAAUAUAUUUGUAUUUAUCCAACACACGGAGAUCAAUGUUAUUUCCACAAUGUGUGUCGUUCCGCUUCUCCUCCCUACAGCAACACGGCAGUCGGCGGAUAAUAGCCGGCCGGGAAAGUACCGGGAUACCAAGUGCAAAAAAGUGAGGGCUCCCGGAGUGUUUCAUUUAGAAAUAUAUGUAGUGUUCAUCCUGUGAGGCAAUGCAAAUUAAACAAUAAAAAAAACAAAAACAAAUAACGGUUUGAAUUGGUACAGGUUAUCGGGUGUGAUAGCAAAAUUACUUGUACUCGUUUUAAUUGAUGAUGUUCUUUGAAUGGGUCGCCAAAAGUUGUUUAUUGGGUUCAGGAAUGUGACACUUAGCAAGAGAUUUAUUAUCUGAUCAAGCUCUGUCUCCUGUGUCUUUGAUGUAACAUGUGGACUAUAGUUGACCUGGGCAUGUGUUUUUUCCUCUUCCUGACCCCCAACAGAGCUAAAUUGGUCCCCUUUCCUGAGUGACCCCCUCCUUCUGGGCAAACGACACCCUCUCCUUCUUCAGAGGACUUUGGAUAUUCAUUCCACUGGUGUACUGUAUGUAAAUGAGCAUGGAGGGUGGGACUUCUGAGAAUGUAUAAUUGUCAUGUCAAAUUCUAAAGGAGUUAGGACAAGCUGGAUCGAACGGAUGUGUCGUUCUGGUUUGGUCUCGCUUUGCAAAGCUUGUUAUUAUUUGUUUGUUACUUUAAUAAAUCAUUUUAAAGCUA